AUGAUUGAUAGUGGAGAAACCGACUGGAAAGUGAUUGCGAUUAAUGUGAAUGACCCUUUAGCUGCUAAUGUUAACGAUCUUAGCGACCUACAAAACACGCCUCUGCGCGACAUAGUUUCCCAAGUAUACCGCUGGUUUCGGGACUAUAAAGUCCCAGACGGCAAACCGCCCAGUGACUUCGCCUUUAAUGGAGACGCACAAUCCAAAGAUUUUGCUGUUGAGGUGAUCAAACAGACCCACGAGAGCUGGAAGCAGCUGACUGGGGACAAAUUGAAGUUCACAACGAAACUUUGGACUGGUAAUUAUGUGAACAGUUGA